AUGUCAAUGACGAGAAUACAGGCUUUGCAGAAGCUGGCAGCGGGCCAAAGAUAUCGCUUGACCUGCAGAUGGCCGCACAAAGGCCCAAGAUGUGUCAUCAACUCCCCCGCCACUUUUCCAUUGCCUUCAGGGCGACGCCUCUUCGCAACGAAGACGAUAGAUUCCACUGAUGAUUCUCAGAGUUAUGACAAGUCUCAGAACCAGUCACCCGAUGACGAAGAACCUCCCCGUCCUGCUAUCGAUAGCAACUUGCUCCUCAGAUCCGAAUUCGAAAUCCAUAGAGACAUCAGAGAGUAUCUGCGAAAAUGGCAAGAAGUCAAUCCCAACGACUUGGAUCCCGUGCGCAAAACGAAUGCCGCGCAAACAACGCAACUACCCAGCCCAACCCUUGGCAACAUGCCAAACGGCCGAGACGCGGCGGAUCUUUGGGGUGAUCCAGACAGACCGAGUCAAGACAGUCUGCACAUAGAAGAAUUUGAGGGCGAACAUCUCGAGCCGGGUGAUCUCGUUGCCCGGUUAAACGCGGACGGAGUCUUCAAUUAUGCAAUCUAUGUGCAGUCCGUCCACAAGCAGAAGCAGUUCUACAGUGUCAACGGGAAUUGGCGCAUUUGCUCUACUAUGGAGCUUGACUAUGUGAUCAAAGGAUUUGCUCCGCCCGAGCUACUCGAGCCUUUGAAGCCUUGGUUCCCGAGCACCGAAGCAAUCGUGAGCGAAGACCUUCAACUCGCCCCUGAGGGUGGUUUGCCCCGGCCGUUAGGCGCUCCACUGUUGGAUAUGAUGAAUAACUUCAAAACACACAUUUUGGCAUUCUACAGAGAAAACUCGAAGGCUUUGGAUGAUCUGCACAACCUGGUGGCGGAUGACACCGAGGUUCUGCGCCUGAACCUCGAACAGCUGACCAUGAAUACCCUUGGUAUUGAGGAACAUGAGCUGACUAGUGUCAACCUCUUUGCUGUUCACCAGGCCGUUCGCCGUCAGCCUUUUUUGAUAGAGAAGGACUCAAGCUCAUUGUUCAGCAACAUGUAUAUCGUGCAGCCGAAAAGGAUUGCCAACAUUGUCAAGCAAGUCAUCGACUGGACACAUGAACAUCAAGAGCAUUGCGUCCGGAGUGUUUUGGCAAAGACCACGCAUAAGGCAAUGAGCGAGCACCCUAUGCAGCAAUUCCUUUCCAAGGCACAACGGUUGAUCCGCUUGAGCAGAAAAGUUCGGUCCCCCACAAUAAUGUCCAGCGUGGGACCGUCUUCUCAGCGGAUCCAAGCCGGGGAGGAUGGGAACCCAAUGGUGUACCGUGAGAUGCCAACUGAGCAAUUCAAUGCAAAUGAUCAAAUGAUCAUCGAGUAUUUGCAGCUCUACGCUGUGCCUUCAACUAUCAUGCCAUCCGGGUCUUUGAGCUCGACGGCAACCCACAUUAUGCGAGCAACAGGCAUGUACAAUGCUCUCGGUCUGAGUGAAGCUUCCACUCGACUCUUCCUGCAAGAGAUUGGUGUGAUUGCUCCAUGGGAGAACAUGUUCCCACUUGACCAAUACUCGAUGCUCCCUGGCCAUGGUUUGUCGCUUGCAAAGGAUUUGGAGGCCGAGGAAAUCACGGAGGCCGCCAAAAACAUCACCCCCGAGCAAUUGCAUGAUUCCAUGCAAGACCUGAGAAAGGACUGGGGUGAUAUGCCAGUCUACUGUGUGGACGACAUAACUGCGCAGGAAAUUGACGACGGUAUCUCCCUGGAGAAAAUUCGAGGCUCUAGCAACACAUUCUGGGUUCACGUCCAUGUGGCUAAUCCAACGGCUUUCAUCAAGCACGACAACCCUAUCAUUGAAUAUGCCUCUACCCGCCUCUUCACUUCAUACCUCCCUGAGCGCACCUACCCCAUGCUUCCAAACGCUCUAACCGAGCCUCACUUCAGCUUGGCGCCUGGCCGGCCUGUGAUCACUUUCAGUGCUAAGAUGAACUCGCGAGGUCAGAUCGUGAGUAGCAAAAUCCAAAACGGCACCAUUCGGAACGUUGUCAACAUCACGCAUAAAACAUUGCGUGACUUCUUUGACUACGAUUCCGAUGGGUCUUCCGAGCUCGUUGUGGGUGGUGAUUACACCAAGCCAAAGGCACCACCCGGUAAAACCAUCAAAGAGUCUCUUCGUCCCGCGGAAAAGGAUACAUUCCUCAUUCUGCGACAACUCAUGCUUGCCUUCCGCGAAACCCGCAAGAGGAACGGCGCCAUGGACUCAACCCCCCUCGGUCCGGACCUCGAUGUCUCCGUCCAGGCGGGUACAGAGAGAAUGGAGGUAUCUGAGAUGCAAGCCCAACAAGGGCGAUACUAUCUUGGAGACCCGAUCAUCCGCCUCGGCCUUCAUGAUAGCUUCGAUCCCUACGAAGUUCGUGAUGGAUCUAGAGAUAACCUGGUUUCCCUCGUCAUGAACGUGGCAGCACACGUUGCUGGUCAGUUCUGUGCCGUCCGUAAUAUACCUGUCGUCUACGAUGGAACUUGGUAUGAUCCAGAAUACGGCCGUGUCACCAACAGCAACAUCGGCCAGUUCGGUGGCGAGGGCUUCUAUGAAAUGAGUGCACCGCUGGCUCGUUCAUCGACGACCCCGAUUCAACACCAUGCCCUGGGUCUUCCGACAUACGUCAAGAGCACUAGUCCGCUGCGCCGAUUCACCGAUGUGAUUGCGCAUUACCAGAUCGAGGCUGCACUGCGCUUUGAGCACGAGAAUGGCCGUCGAUUCAACGCUCUGGCAGAAAACCCUGACUCUGAAGCCGAUCUAGCCGGCACCGAAGAAGUAUCUGACCCGAUUGAUUCUUCUUCUACCUCCACCUCCAUCCUCCCCUUCUCUCAAGCCACCCUCGACGCCUGGCUCACCAACACUCAGCCUCUCCGUGCACACCUCCGCUACAUUGAUAGAUACUCCUCCCAACAUUGGGCUUGUAUGCUUCUCUUCCGCGCUUUCUAUUUCGGGGAAUGUGAACUUCCAGACACAUUCCCCUGUGUCCUGCGAUCACCGCGGAACAAGCCAAAGCAUCUUGAUCAAGAGUAUGCUGGUAUUAUCGCCAAUCUUGGGCUAAACUGCACCGUGACUGUUCCAGAGGGCUUUGCCGACAAAGACAAACUGGAUAUCUUCUGUCUAGUUGAUGCCCGGAUCACAGCAGUCGACAUGGCCACUUUCCAGGUCACCCUCGAGACGACCCGGUUUGUGAAGCCAUUCGAGAGGAAGGGCGAAUGGGCUUGA